AGAAGGAAAGGAUGGCUCCAGAUGGCAGGGAUACAUCCAGGUGACCCGGAGAGGCUGGAGAGGUGAGACCAUACAAAUCUGACGGAGUUCAACCCGGCCAAGUGCGAGGUCCACGAUCCCAUGACUCUGCCACCUUUGAGGUCCCUUCCAACCCAACCCAUUCCAUGAUUCCAUGACUCUGCCAUCUUUGAGGUCCCUUCCAACCCAACCCAUUCCAUGAUCCCAUGACUCCGUCAUCUUUGAGGUCCCUUCCAACCCAACCCAUUCCACGAUCCCAUCAUUGUCUCCAUCACAGCUCCCCUCAGGUCCCACCACCUCCUCCCCAACCUCUCAUAGAAGAACCGUCUUCUUCCAUCAUCUUCGUGGUCCGGGAAUGCUGAGGGCUUCUCCUGCUGUGGUUCUGCCCACCAUGGAGCUCCUCCUGGUGGGUUUGGUGCUUCUGGCCAAGACCUUCCCCACCACCACCACCACCACCACCACCACCACCUCCUCCCCGCUGGACGCCGUCCCCAUGGUGGAGGUCCCGUUGGACUUGGCCACCACCUCCUUCGACGACCGCUACGUGGGCUGCGCCGGCGCGAUGGACGAAGAGCUGGAGGACCUCAACCGUACCGAGUUCUCCACCAACGGCGUCUACGCCCAAGCGUGGACCCUCGCGGCGGCCGAAUGGCGCAGCCGGCGCGGCCGCGUCCCCCCGGUGCUGCGUCCGGAGCACGCGGUGGCCCUCUUGGCCUACACCAAACACGGUCCCCUCUUCCGCGCCUUCAACGCGGCCGUGCGCGAGGACGGCCGUUCCCACCGCCACUACCUGGACAACUUCCGCUUCAAGGCCUUCCAUUUCCUCCUGAGCGAAGCUCUGCGCGUCCUACGUGGGACGCGGUCCUCUCGCUGCCACCGCGUCUACCGCGGCGUCCACGGCAUCCGCUUCACCGCUCGGCGUCACCAACGCGUCCGCUUCGGUCAAUUCACCUCCGCUUCUCUCCGGGAAGAAUCGGCUUUGGCCUUCGGCCGCGAUACGGUCUUCUCGGUGGAGACGUGUUAUGGGGUUCCCAUCAAGGACUUCUCCUUCUACCCUGAGGAGGAUGAGGUCCUCAUCCCACCCUUCGAGGUCUUCGAGGUCACCGACGUCACCUCCGGAGGGGGCGGAGCGCUCAUCGAGCUGCGCUCGCGGGACGCCGACAGCGCCUACAACUGCGAGUGGGUCAAAGAGAGACGAUGCCGCGACCGCCCGUGUGACUUCGGCGCAGGAUGGAGCGUCCGUGGGGAUCCCUCUCUCCUCUGGGGGCUCCUCAUGGUCACCACAGCCCUGGUGGCCACCGAGGGACCCUGA